CAAUCGAGGACGGCUUCGACUGGCGAGAAGCCGUACCUAUUGCCUACAGACCAUGGCAUAAUGGUCCUUAUCAUGUCACGAUGGGUAUGCGGUAAUUCUUCGCCGCGUGAAGCGGAAGUAAGUUUGACGUCCAUCACAGGUAUCAAGAACACGUCCAUUCAAGACUGGAUCGAGAUCGACGACACAUAUCUAAAAAAGCUGGCACUAAAAAGGGAAUUGUUCGAGAAGCAGAGAAACGCCACGAUACAGAUAUUGCCUGGGUGUGAAGAAGCGGCUUUCGAAAGCCUAUACCUACUCGCUGAUUACCUUCCGCGUCGAUAUCCGUCUAUGUUCAGGCGAGGCGACAAGAACACAAUCCAGAACAUAGAGACCAAGGAGAUAUGGGAUCUGAAUAGGGAUGCCACGACUUGGGAGCGCUACCAUCCGCUUGAGGUUAUGAGCCUGCUUGCGUCGGAAGACUUUCUGAUCUUGACGACAGAUCCAGAGACAGGGGUAUCCAGUCUGAAGGCCGGAGCAAUCUGUUUUCCAGCUGGAUGGCAGAUCCAGGAGCGAAUCGGACACAGUCUAUGGCAAAUCCAUGCUGGGAAAGUACCUCAAUAUGAGUCCAAGCUAGCCAAAUCAAUGGACCGCUUCUUCGUGCGGAUGCGUGUGAAUUCUGCUAUAUCAAGAUUCAACUAUGCUAUCGACGACUCGGACGAACUGUUUCACCCUCAUUCCCACCAUAACUUGCGCGCGGAGAAGAAGGUCCACCUUGAUGACCUCCAUCUGCGAGUCGAACGACAAUUCCUGCAACGUCUGCCGAAGACGAGAGCUCUCCUCUUUUCCAUUCGGACAUACAUCACACCCAUCACCCAGGUGACAAAGGACCAAGAGGUGGCUGCUGCUCUCAGGACUAGCGUUGGGAGUUACACUGAGGAUGUGGCUGCAUACAAAAACAAGCCAUUGUGGGAUUCGAUUUUACGUGAUCAUCUCGAGCAGAUCCUGGACGAACGUCGCGCAGCAUAGACCGUGAUGAGUUAGACAAGUCCAGACCAAUGGAAGGUGUGAACUCCUGUACUGUAGUAUCGAGAUAUCGUCAAAAGGAAAUAUUGGGAUUUUUCAGCGAUAGAU